AUGCCCUAUACCAUCCUCGUCACCGGCGCAAACAGGGGCAUUGGAUACGAAGCGGUCAAACUCCUCUCACAAGAAAAGCCAGACGCCACCAUCCUCCUCGGCUCCCGGACCACCCAGAAUGGUCAAGCCGCCAUCGAAAAGAUGAAGACCUCUUCUCCAUCCUCUGACUUCUCCAAUGUCAAAGUCGUCGAGCUUGAUAUUACCUCCUCGUCUUCCCUCUCCUCCGCAGUGGACCUCAUCAAAUCUACCUACUCCACCCUCGAUGUCCUCAUCAACAACAGCGGGAUCGCCGAGCUUGACGGAGACGGUCUCUCUCCCGCCAUCUUUGACGUCAAUGUCCGUGGCACCAAGAACACGAUUGAGGCGUUCACACCUAUCCUCACCCCCAAAUCCGGCAUCGUCGUAUUCGUCUCCUCCCAGGUUGGCGGGUGGUAUACCAAGGCGGUCGGACCCAAGAUACAGGCGGAGCUGCUAGAUGUGCAGAGCACGACGUGGGAGAAGGUGGAGGGUUGGAUGGCGGAUUGGCAGAAGAUGGCUGAGGGCGGAAAGGCGCAGGGGGAUUGGGUCCCGCUGGACCAGGGGAUGACGGGGUCAAUGUACUUUGUCAGCAAGGCCCUCAUCAACCCCUGGGUCCGGAAGUACGCGGUCGAUCACUCGGACGCCCGCGUGGCGAUCGUCUGCCCCGGAUACUGCGCCACGGGCAUGACCAAGUUUGCGGCGCCGAGGGAGGCGUCAAUGGGGGGCGCUAGCAUCGCGUGGCCGGUGCUGAAUGAGUUUGAGAGCGGGAAGUUCUACCAGGAUGGGAAGGAGCUGGGAUUUGACACCGGGGUGCCCAAGUAG